CACGUGGCCCGAGUUUCUCCCGCUAAGUGGGGACCAGAGUUCAGUGCGGCUGCGCAGUAGCGGGGGUGGGCGGGAGCGCCCUUCCAGGAGAUGGGUAGGCUGCAGUAGUGAGAGGCUGGUGGUGGGGCUCUUUCCCUGCAGUCCUGCCGAGGAAUAGUGCGUCCCUGGCGCUUCCUUCUUCUCUUCCGGCGGAGAGCUUGGGAUGUGGUAAUGCCAGCCACACUCCUCAGAGCCGUGGCCGGAUCUCAUCGUAUAUUAUCAAAAGCACAUCAGUGCCGAAGAAUCGGUCGUCUAAUGUUAAAACCACUUAAGGAAUUUGAAAAUACAACAUGCAGCACACUGACAAUACGUCAAAGCUUGGAUUUGUUCCUUCCUGAUAAAACAGCUGGUGGUUUGAAUAAGUCUCAGAUCCUGGAAAUGCACCAAAAAAAGUCAGAUACCAGCAUGCUGUCUCCAUUAAAUGCUGCUCAUUGCCAAGAUGAAAAGGCACACCUUCCAACCAUGAAAUCCUUUGGUACUCACAGGAGAGUGACCCACAAACCAAAUCUAUUGGGUUCUAAAUGGUUUAUAAAAAUAUUAAAGAGGCAUUUCUCAUCUGUAUCAACGGAAACAUUUGUUCCAAAACAAGACUUCCCACAGGUGAAGAGACCACUAAAAGCAUCCAGGACCAGACAGCCAUCCAGGACCAACCUUCCAGUUCUGUCUGUGAACGAGGACCUAAUGCACUGCACAGCAUUUGCAACGGCAGAUGAGUAUCAUCUGGGAAAUCUGUCUCAAGAUCUGGCCUCCCACGGAUAUGUUGAAGUAACAAGCUUGCCUAGAGAUGCAGCAAAUAUUUUGGUGAUGGGUGUGGAAAAUUCUGCAAAAGAAGGUGAUCCUGGAACAAUAUUCUUCUUCAGGGAAGGAGCUGCUGUGUUUUGGAAUGUGAAAGACAAAACUAUGAAGCAUGUGAUGAAAGUUCUAGAAAAACAUGAAAUUCAGCCCUAUGAAAUCGCACUGGUACACUGGGAAAAUGAAGAGCUUAACUACAUAAAAAUAGAGGGACAGUCAAAACUUCACAGGGGGGAAAUCAAGUUAAAUUCAGAGCUGGAUUUAGAUGAUGCCAUUCUAGAGAAGUUUGCUUUCUCCAAUGCUCUAUGCCUUUCUGUAAAACUGGCAAUUUGGGAAGCAUCACUGGAUAAAUUUAUUGAAUCUAUUCAGUCAAUUCCUGAGGCUUUAAAAGCUGGGAAGAAAGUGAAACUAUCUCAUGAAGAAGUUAUGCAGAAAAUCGGUGAACUCUUUGCUCUAAGGCACCGUAUAAACUUGAGUUCAGACUUCCUGAUUACUCCUGAUUUCUACUGGGACAGAGAAAACCUGGAAGGACUUUACGAUAAAACGUGUCAAUUCCUUAGCAUUGGCCGAAGAGUUAAGGUCAUGAAUGAAAAACUUCAGCACUGCAUGGAACUAACAGAUCUAAUGCGGAAUCACCUGAAUGAGAAGAGGGCACUCCGCUUGGAGUGGAUGAUUGUCAUCCUCAUUACCAUAGAGGUAAUGUUUGAGCUGGGACGAGUAUUUUUCUGAUCAAGUGAUAACCAAAGUGUCACUGCAAGAGAUAUUCAAGUUCUACAAUCAAAAAUUAAAUGUGCGUCCGGGCGCGGUGCCUCAUGCCUGUAAUCCCAGCACUUUCGGAGGCCAAGAAGGGUGGCUUAUUUGAGAUCAGGAGCUCAAGACAAGCCUGGCCAACAUGGUGAAACCCCAUCUCUACUAAAAAUACAAAAAUUAGCCAGGUGUGUUGGCACACGCCCGUCAUCUCAGCUACUCAGGAGGCUGAGGCAGGAGAAUCUCUUGAACUUGGGAGGCGGAGGUUGCAGUGAGCUAAGAUCACACCACUGCACUCCAGCCAGGGCAACAGUGAGACUCAGUCUCAAAAAUAAACAAUAAAAUAAAUAAAUAAAUGUUCACUACUGGGUGAUCAUUUAAUAGGUGUUUUUUAAAUCAAGAAAUUAUCUUUUUCAGCCCAGUAUAUCGUGUGAAUAAAAUUAUGAAGAAUCUA